GGCAAAAGUUACGCCAACUUCGUUUACCUAUCAUGUAACUGACAGCAAGCCUAGCCUUGAGUUCUCAGUGCGGAUGGUGAAUAGCCUCAGUUACGGUAACGGGCGAAGAGGAAGCCGCUGAAGGAUUGGUAUUGGCAGGAGAGUGAUAAGUUAGUUAGGGGUUAAACGCGUGGAUUUAGUGGUAUUGCGUGGAUCACUGGAUUCUUAGAAACCAUAGAAAGGAAGGGAACAUAAGGAAAGAUGGCGGCCGCGGCCUCGCCGGGCUCCGGCUCGUCCACCUGCUCAGACUGGAUUGUACUGAGAGACGGCUGCCUGCGUUGCGACGAGGAGGGCCUGCGAAGCCUUUCGUACCACCCGGCCCUUAACGCUAUCUUGGCCGUUACUAGUCGCGGCAGUAUCAAAGUGAUUGACGGCACUUCAGGAGCGAUUCUGCAGGCUUCGGCUUUGCACGCGAAACCGUGCGGGCGUGUGAGGUGUCAGUACUUCCCUGCAGUGGACAAGGUGCUUUUUGUGGAUGACUAUGCAGUAGGAUGCAGAAAAGAUCUAAAUGGUAUCCUGCUCCUAGACACAGCUCUCCAGCCUCCUGUGGCUAAACCUGAGGAUAUGGUUCAGCUGGAGCUGCCAGUCACAGAAGCCCAGCAGAUGUUGUCAGCCUGUCAGGAAAAGAUAGACGUAUCCAACAUAGAGGGCUAUGAACAGUUUAUCAGCCAGCUCAAAGAAGGCCUGAAGAGUACCUCACAUGAGACGGCAGCCAAUCACAAAGUGGCGAAGUGGGCGACAGUGACCUUCCAUCUUCCCUAUCAUGUGCUGAAGCUGGUGGCCAGUGCCAUUGUUAAUGAGCUGAAGAAGAUCAACCAGAACAUAGCUGCCUUGUCUGUGGCCUCGUCCAUCAUGGAUAGGCUCUCCUACCUCUUGGCAAGUGCUAGACCCGAGCUUGGGGUAGGCCCUGGACGUUCAGUGGAUCGAUCUUUAAUGUACAGUGAAGCCAACAGGAGAGAGACAUUUACAUCAUGGCCUCAUGCUGGGUACAGGUGGGCUCAACCUGAUCCAAUGGCUCAAGCAGGAUUUUACCACCAGCCUGCCUCAACAGGCGAUGACAGAGCGAUGUGUUUCACCUGCAGUGUAUGUUUGGUAUGUUGGGAACCUACAGAUGAGCCGUGGUCUGAACACGAGCGUCAUUCUCCUAAUUGCCCAUUUGUGAAGGGUGAGCACACACAAAAUGUCCCAUUGUCAGUGACACUGGCUACUAGUCCUGCCCAGUUUCCCAACAGCCCUGACAGUUCAGACAAGAUUGCCUGCUUUGGUUUUGGUAGCUGCCCCCAAUUCCUGGCGGCUGCCACCAAGAGGGGCAAAGUAUGCAUCUGGGAUGUUUCUAAAAUAAUGAAGGUGCAUUUGAAGUUUGACAUAAACCCGUAUGACCCGGCUAUCUUGAGGCAGCUGAUUCUGACUGGUGGUGAGCAGAGCCAGCAAAUGCUCACAGAAUCUCGAAGACCAACUUUGACCUGGCUAGAAGAGUCAUCAUCAUGCUCUGACAUACCCAAGCUAGAGGGAGAUAGUGAUGACCAGUUGGAGGAUUCAGACAGUGAGCAUUCCCGAUCAGAGUCAGUAACAGGUCAGCCAUCUCAGUGGGAGGGCAUGGACAUUAGCCUCGGGCUUACAGCUCUGAGUGUGCUCCAACAGCCAGAGAAGCUUCAGUGGGAGGUGGUGGCCAGUGUGCUGGAGGACACAGUCAAAGACCUGGAGGAGCUGGGAGCUAAUCCAUCACUAAAUCAAGCAAAGGCUCACAGUCAGGCUAAAGCAAAGGACAAAGUCCUGGACCACCACAACAUUCCCUUUCCCUGCCUGCUUGCAGGAGGCCUGCUCAGCUACCGCUCAGCAUCCAGCACCCCAGUAGCUGGACCCCUAUCCACAUCACCAGCUGCCACAUGCAGGGCCACAGAUGGUCCUCUUAGGACUCAUUGCCCAGAGCUGUUCCAUCCUGGGUCUGUACAGGACUAUGGUCUCAUGGAGAUGGAGACCUGCAACGCCACAACAGCAGGCCAGGAUCAGACCUUCUCUGGUUUAACACAUUCUCAGCCUCCAAGCCUAUCUUCCUUGCAGGGUGUACGCAGGACUUUACCUGUGCUGCUGCUUUACAGUAUCAAAGAAGUGGAUGACAAGUCUUCAGGACAAGUGUUUGCUCAAAUGAACAACCUGAUGAGCAAGAAUCUUCACGAGGAAGGUUUUACUGUGCCACAGAUCAUAGAAAUGGAAUUUGACACCCAUGAGCAGCUGCUUCUUCAGGAUCCACCAAUAACCUACAUUCAGCAGUUUGCUGAUGCAGCAACUAAUUUUGCAGGGCUGGAUAGUCAUAUGGACAAAUGGAGCACUCUGUCAGCAGGAACUAUAUCUACUCCGUCCCGGCCUGGAUCACUGGUGCAGUGUUUGAGGUUGCCCAAACAGUUGGAAGAUGAAAACCUUUAUGUGGACUCCAUUACACCUUGCUGGGAUGGUGUGCACCUUCUAGUUGUAUUGCAGCCAUGUGUAAAUGAAUCUCUUACGGCUACAAACAAAGUGGAGGCUCUCAACAAUAUCAAUCGUCUGCAUUCUGUUUUCUGUAGCCAGCAUAAAGCAGACCCCUUAUACCCUGUGGCAAAUGGAGUAGAGGGCCAUUCAGGGGUAUCAGCAGCUCAGACCCCCCUUAUCCUUCCCCCAGGAGACCAGGACAAGCAGAGGUCAAGUGCUGGUAGAGGAGGGGGUUAUCUUGCACUUUACAAGCUCAACUAUUCUACCCGUAUUGUCACUUUGGAUGAGGAGCCUGUAAAGAUGCAACAGAUCUGGGACCCUUGUGACGCCAUCACCUCUCUCAUAUUACUUCCUUCAGAUGUGCUAGAUAGCAGGGAGGAUGACAGCGAAGAGACUCCUGAGGAGGCUCUCUUAUCGGGUUCAAAAAGUGGGUCUGGAAUCCAGACAGUCCUUGAAGGAACUACAGGCUCUGAUAUUGGGACUACAUCUGAAACAGCCACAGCCAGCAGCAAUGCUACUGUUGCCAACUCCGCCACUUCUGCCCCCAGCCACAAAGAGUCUAAACGAUCAGAAGUGGCAGGUUUGGGCCACCUAGUUGUGACCACACAAGCUGGGUACAUUAUGAUUUUAGACCUGUCCACACUAGACGUGCUAGCAAAGGUGGAGCCGCCUAGAAAGGAAGGGUCAGCAGAGGAAACGGACCCCUUUGUAUCAAUUACAUAUUGCUCUGGGACUGACCGUCUUUGUGCCUGCACCAAAGGUGGAGAACUUCAUUUCCUUCAAAUUGGAGGUGUUUGUGAUGAUACUGAUGAUGGAGACAUGUUUAUUGAUGGCCCCCUUUCUAAAGGGGCUGAAAUGCUGCUUGAGGGGGCGAAGCCCUCCUCCAAUCCUUCCAGCCCUGGGAUUACAGGAGUGGACCUCCUAGUGGAUCAGCCACUGACUACAGACAGUCUUAUGUCACUGGUAGAGCUGACGCGCUUUGAGACAUUGACCCCACGCUUCUCAGCCACAGUGCCACCUUGUUGGGUGGAGGUGCAGCAAGAGCAGCAGCAGCGUCGCCACCCGCAACACCUUCACCAACAACACCAUGGAGAUGCUGCCCAGCAUACCCGCACCUGGAAGCUUCAGUCUGAUAGCUCCAGUUGGGAUGAACAUGUGUUUGAGCUGGUGCUGCCCAAAGCCUGCAUGGUGGGCCAUGUGGACUUCAAGUUUGUCCUGAACGCCAACAUUGUCAGCAUUCCUCAGAUCCAAGUGACUUUAUUAAAGAAUAAAACACCUGGUUUGGGAAAGGCUUGUGAGACUGCUGUGGACAGACAAAUCUCCUUUCCUCUCUCCAAUGUUCUCCAUGCCAAUGGGGAGAGAAAUGGUCAGCCUCUACUGCAUGAUUUCACAGAGGACAUUCAGUUCAUGGACAUAGAAGAGGCUGCAGGCUCUAUUCUGUGUCCAUUCCUAGAGGACCACAAAGAGGACAUCCUGUGUGGUCCAGUUUGGCUGGCAAGUGGGUUGGACCUCUCUGGCCAUGCAGGCAUGCUCAGCCUCACUAGCCCUAAACUGGUUAAAGGCAUGGCAGGAGGAAAGUACCGCUCUUUCCUAGUUCACAUUAAAGCAAUUAGUGAAAAAGCCAUGGAUGAGAGCUCCCGGCCAGUGAUGAGAAUCUCCAGUGCCAAGCCCCAUGGAACCAAAGCGCACACACUGUCUACUUUGCUUCAGCGGGCUCAAGCCUCCAAGGAGAAGAUGUCUGCCGUCAAAAAUGAGACGCCCACACCCUCGAAGAAAGCAGAAAACCUUCGAGGCUGUGACCUGCUCCAAGAAGUUUCAAUUACAAUCAGGAGGUUUAAAAAGACCUCAGUACCCAAAGAAAGGGUCCAGCGCUGUGCCAUGUUACAAUUUCCAGAAUUCCAUGAGAAGAUGCUGGAUGCGUUGUGUCGGCAAACAGAGAGAAUAGCCUCUGAACAUGCACAAAGCCUUAUUCUGGAUGUCUUGUGCUGGCUAGCUGGGGUUUUCUCCAAUGGACCCUGCAGCUUAAAAGAAGGAAAGGAAGGACUGCUUAUAAAAACAAGGACAAGACUGAUGGAUAUUGUGAGGGUGUGUUUCUUUGAGGCCGGCAGGAGCAUAGCACACAAAUGUGCCCGUUUUCUUGCACUUUGCAUUGGCAAUGGAAAAGGAGAUCCAGCUCAACAGGGAUUUAGUGUCAGUCUUCUAAAAUCCUUGCUGGACAAUAUGCCUUAUUUGCCUGCAGCCGCAACUGGUGGCUCAGUUUUCUGGUACUUUGUUUUACUGAACUAUGUAAAGGAGGAGGACCUGGCAGGCUGCAGUGCUGCCUGCGCCUCUCUGCUCACUGCAAUAUCUCAACAGUUGCAGGACCGACUCACUCCACUGGAGGCCCUGCUCCAGAGCAGGUAUGGCCUUUACAGCUCUCCAUUUGACCCUGUGCUCUUUGAUCUGGAGGUUAGUGGAUCCUCCUGUAAGAAUGCCUUCAACAGCAGCAUUGGAGUUCAGUCAGAUGAGAUUGACCUCUCUGACAUUCUCUCUGGGAAUGGAAAAGUAAGCAGCUGUGCAGCAGCAGAGGGCAGUUUCACUGCAUUAACAGGUCUUCUGGAGGUGGAACCUUUGCAUUUUACUUGUAUCUCCACUAGUGAUGGAACACGGGUGGAACGAGAUGAUGCUAGCAUGUUCACUAUGAGCACAUUUGGUGUGACAACAGGAGUGGGCAACUUAUCAACAGGAACAGUUGGCGAAGCUUCUACAGCUCUGAGUUCUGCAGCUCAGGUGGCACUUCAGUCACUGUCCCAUGCCAUGGUGUCAGCAGAGCAGCAGCUGCAGGUCCUUCAGGAGAAACAACAGCAACUCCUGAAACUGCAACAGCAGAAGGCCAAGCUGGAAGCUAAACUGCAUCAGACCACCUCUGCAGCUGCCGCAGCUGCCUCUGGUGUUGGCCCCAUCCUCAACUCUAUGCCUCCUAGCACCUCCUCUACACCAGGCUUCUUUAUUCAUCCAUCUGACGUAAUUCCCCCAACUCCUAAAACCACGCCCCUCUUCAUGACCCCUCCCCUCACACCACCCAAUGAGGCAGUAUCUGCUGCUUUCAGUGCUGAGCUGGCUCACCUUUUUCCCGGCUCCAUGAUAGACCCUGGUCCUGUAAACGUGGCUGCGCAUAAAAACGCACAGAAAUCUAAGCCGAGUGCCAUGGGCAGUGGUUUGGCAUUGGCCAUUUCCCAGGCAUCUCACUUUUUGCAACCUCCUCCACAUCAAUCCAUUGUUAUAGAGCGGAUGCACUCUGGAGCUCGUCGCUUUGUCACUUUGGACUUUGGCCGCCCGGUGUUACUGACUGAUGCUCUGAUCCCAACCUGUGGCGACUUAGCUUCUCUGUCAAUAGACAUUUGGACACUGGGGGAAGAGAUUGACGGACGCAGACUCGUGGUGGCCACUGACAUCAGCACCCACUCCCUCAUUUUGCAUGACCUGCUACCACCACCUGUAUGCCGGUUCAUGAAGAUCACCGUGAUUGGGCGUUAUGGUAGUACCAAUGCUCGAGCAAAGAUCCCACUGGGCUUUUACUAUGGCCACACGUAUAUCCUGCCUUGGGAAAGUGAACUGAAGUUGAUGCAUGAUCCUCUCCGCGGAGAGGGGGAGGCAGCCACUCAGCCAGACUUAGACCAGCACUUGACUACAAUGGCGGCAUUGCAAGAGGACAUCCAAUGCAGAUACAAUCUAGCUUGUCAUCGACUGGCGACCCUUCUGCAGAACAUUGAUCUGCCGCCACUCAACAGUGCUAACAAUGCCCAGUACUUUUUGCGAAAACCAGACAAGGUAGUGGAAGAGGACCAGCGUGUAUUUUCAGCCUACCAAGACUGCAUUCAGCUACAGCUGCAACUCAACCUGGCUCACCAUGCUGUCCAGCGGUUACGUGUGUCACUGGGCGCCAGCCGUAAAUUGCUUCCCACACCCAGGACUCCAGAAGGUCAGGAACUGGUUCACAACUCUUCCACAGAGCAGCUGAGGACGAUCAUUCGCUACAUACUUGACACACUGCUCAGUCUGCUACAUUCCAGUAAUGGCCCCUCUGUGCCCUCAGUGCUUCAGAGUACCUUCCAUGCCCAGGCCUGUGAGGAACUUUUCAAACAUCUUUGCAUCAGUGGGACACCUAAGAUUCGUCUUCAUGCUGGCCUGUUAUUGGUGCAGCUUUGUGGAAAUGAGCGCUGGUGGGGCCAGUUUCUCUCAAACGUGCUGCAGGAGCUCUACAAUUCUGAGCAACUGCUCAUAUUUCCCCAGGAUAGGGUGUUUAUGCUCCUGUCCUGCAUUGGCCAAAGGUCUUUAAGUAACAGUGGUGUGUUGGAGGGCCUUCUGAAUCUCUUGGAUAACUUGCUUUCUCCGCUGCAGCAGCCACAAGCUGCUUCCCACCACAGAAAUGAAGGUGUCCUAGAUAUUCCUAUGAUCAGCUGGGUAGUAAUGCUGGUUUCACGACUGUUGGACUAUGUAGCCACUAUAGAGGACGAGGGCUCAGGGGGGAAGAAGCACCUUGGUGGAAAGGAGCGGGACAGAACCUUUACUGGUAUUCAGUGGAGCUUCAUCAACAACAGCCUUCAGUCUCAAAACUCUAGCAGGUCUGCUAAAAGCAGCAGCAGCAGCAGUCUAGACCGAUUAUAUUCACGCAAGAUUCGCAAGCAGCUUGUUCACCACAAGCAGCAGUUAAAUCUAUUGAAAGCAAAACAGAAAGCUUUGAUGGAGCAAAUCGAGAAGGAAAAGAUCCAGAGCAACAAAGGAUCUUCCUACAAACUUCUUGUGGAACAGGCCAAACUCAAACAAGCUACAUCUAAGCACUUUAAAGACCUUAUUCGUCUACGACGGACAGCUGAAUGGCCACGCUCCACAAUGGACACUGAAUCCACAACAACCAAAGAAACCCCAGAGUUAGAACCUCUUCCUUUCACUCUGUCACACGAGCGCUGUAUCGCUGUGGUGCAGAAGCUUGCCCUUUUUCUCCUCUCCAUGGACUUCACCUGUCAUGCUGACCUGUUGCUGUUUGUCUGCAAGGUUCUUGCUAGGAUAGCAAAUGCUACAAGACCCACAAUUCACCUGUGUGAGGUAGUGUCUGAGCAGCAGCUGGAGCGCCUUCUUCUCUUGCUUGUGGGGACAGACUUCAACAGGGGAGACAUCUCCUGGGGAGGUGCCUGGGCACAAUAUUCUCUCACGUGUAUGCUACAGGACAUUCUGGCAGGUGAACUGCUGUCUCCAGGCUCUCUGGAUGUCAUUGAUGAGGUGGCGGGGGCUGAGGAUGCCAGGGCAUCCUCUUCCUCAGCAGGAGCAGAUUCAGAUGACUCCCUUCCCCCACCAGCACCUAUCCCGCUGGUAGAGAGCAUUGAUGAGGCUCUGGUCCCUGAUAUCAUCACAGGUGCGCCAUCUCUAUCAUCCUCUGAAAAAGAUAAAGACAUAGACUUUGACUUGCUACAAGACCUGAUGGAUGUUGAUAUUGAUCCUUUAGAUAUAGAUUUGGAAAAAGAUCCACUUGCUGCCAAAGUGUUUAAGCCUAUAAGCAGCACCUGGUAUGACUAUUGGGGCGCUGACUAUGGCACGUAUGGGUACCCCUAUAUUGGAGGGGUUGGCAUUCCUGUGUCCAAACCUCCAGUUGCUGCUGAAAAGCCUGGCACACAGGGUCUGUCAGUCUCUAUUUCCCAGGCUCUGGAUGCCAGACUAGAAGUGGGCCUUGAGCAACAGGCUGAACUCAUGCUCAAAAUAAUGGCAACUCUACAGGCUGACUCCAUUCUACAGGCCCUCACCUCAAACCCAUCCACAGUGAGUCAGGCAUCCAGUGGGACAGAUGACUCCCUGCUAAGGGCUCUCCAUGGAGGAGGGUCUCCUACAGGAAGUAGUCUGAUAAUCCAGCCCUCAUCCAUCCCCAUACUAAGUGCCUGCUUUAACAAGCUCUUCUCUAUGCUGCAGGUCCACCAUGUACAGCUGGAGUCUCUGCUUCAGCUGUGGUUGACACUGAGUCUAAACACUUGUCCUGGUAGCAGUGAAGAGAGUGGAACGGAUAUCUUUCUGUUCAACGCCAGCAGAGUGCCAACUAUUCCACUCAAUCAAGCAUCCAUCAACAGUUUCCUAACAGUGCUGGCUUGGUACCCCAACACAUCACUGAGGACAUGGUGUCUGGUGCUCCACUCUCUUACUCUCAUGACUAACAUGUCCGUCUGUGGUUCCAGCAACGGGAUGACUUCUCAUGCAAGCACAGCUCAGCAGAUAGUGUCAGAUUCCACCCUGGUUCAUGUCCUGGUGCGUUUCCUGUCUGGCAGCAGCACCAACGGAACAAGCCAGCAUACGUCACAGGUGGGACCGACUGCCACCCAGGCCAUGCAUGAACUUUUAAGCCGCCUGCAAGUGCAUCUGUCAUCCACCUGCCCACAGAUGUUUAGCGAGUUUCUGCUCAAACUCAUUCACAUCCUAUCUACUGAGAGGGGCCCAUUCCACUCAGGCCAGGGUCCUCUGGAUGCCCAGGUGAAGCUGCUGGAAUUUACUUUAGAGCAGAAUUUUGAGGUGGUGUCAGUGGCCACCAUCUCCUCCGUCAUUGAAUCCAUCACAUUUUUGGUUCACCACUACAUCACCUGCUCUGACAAUGUGGUUUCCCGCAGCGGCUCAGACAGCUCUGUGGGUGCCCGGGCAUGUUUUGGUGGUUUGUUUGCCAACAUCAUCCGUCCAGGAGAUGCAAAGGCAGUUUGUGGAGAAACAACUCGCGACCAGCUGAUGUUUGACCUCUUAAAGCUGGUGAACGUGUUGGCUCAGCUGCCUUUGUCUAGGGACAGAGAGUUCAGUGGCCGGCUGCCACUGACAACCAGUGGUGCAGCUGAUAGCAGUGUGUCGGAUGAGGAGAAGGCCUGUGGCAGCAAAGAAGGUGUGACUGGUGGACCUGGCUUCACUCAGGGUCAUCUUGCAGGCGUGGCUGACCUGGUACUAGCCAACCAGCAGAUAAUGAGCCAGAUCUUGUCAGCACUGGGCCAGUGCAACAGUAGUGCCAUGGCUAUGAUCAUAGGUGCAAGCGGUCUCCAUCUGACAAAACACGAAAACUUCCACGGAGGGCUGGAUGCCAUCUCAGUGGGUGAUGGCCUGUUCACUAUUCUCACCACUCUCAGCAAAAGGGCAACCUCCGUCCAGGUUAUGUUACAGCCCAUUCUCACAUAUAUGGCCUGUGGUUACAUGGGUAGACAGGGGUCUCUUUCCACAUGUCAGCUCUCGGAGCCUCUUCUGUGGUUUAUUCUUCGUGUAUUGGACACCAGUGAGGCUCUCAAGUCUUUCCAUGAUAUGGGUGGUGUACAAUUGAUCUGUAACAACAUGGUAACGAGCACCCGGGCCAUAGUAAACACAGCACGCAGCAUGGUGUCCACAAUCAUGAAGUUCUUGGAUUCAGGGCCUGGAAAAGCUGCUGACGGUAACCUCAAGGCCAGAGUGAUGACCUCAGAGCCAGACAAUGCAGAAGGACUCCACAACUUUGCCCCUCUAGGCACCAUUACCUCCAGCAGCCCUACAGCACAGCCUGCGGAGGUGCUCCUUCAGGCCACGCCACCACACCGUCGGGCUCGCUCAGCAGCCUGGUCCUAUGUCUUUCUUCCAGAGGAGGCCUGGUGUGACCUCACUAUCCACCUACCUGCUGCUGUGCUACUGAAGGAGCUCCACGUCCAGCCACACCUUGCUUCUCUGGCCACUUGCCCAUCCUCGGUGUCAGUUGAGAUCAGUGCCGAUGGGGUGAACAUGUUACCACUUUCCACACCAGUUAUCACCAGUGGCCUAACAUACAUAAAGAUUCAGCUAGUGAAGGCAGAGGUUGCUUCAGCUGUUUGCCUGAGGCUGCACCGGCCUCGUGAUGCCAACACCUUGGGUCUGUCUCAGAUCAAGCUCUUGGGCUUGACGGCAUUUGGUAACACCUCCUCUGCAACAGUAAACAAUCCCUUCUUACCGUCUGAGGACCAGGUUUCUAAAACCAGCAUUGGUUGGCUCCGUCUCCUUCACCAUUGCCUCUCUCACGUCAGUGAACUGGAGUCCAUGAUGGCCAGUGCUGCAGCACCCACUGCCAACCUGCUUCAGACUUGUGCAGCACUGCUUAUGUCACCUUAUUGUGGCAUGCACUCACCCAACAUCGAAGCUGUGUUAGUCAAGAUUGGCCUGCAGUCAACUCACAUCGGACUCAAGCUUAUUGACAUUCUGCUAAGGAACUGUGCUGCCUCUGGCACCGACCCAGCUAAUCUGAACAGUCCUCUGCUGUUUGGACGAUUAAAUGGCCUUUCUUCAGACUCUACCAUUGAUAUUUUGUACCAGAUGGGCACCACACAAGACUCUGGAACUAGAGACAGGAUCCAGGCUCUCCUUCAGUGGGUCCAUGAUUCUUCACGGGUGGCAGCCCAUAGGAUAAGCAGCCCCAUGGAAUACACUGGGGCUGGUGCCGACUACUGUUCUGCUUCAUCAAGAGAGUAUGGUCUCCUUAUGCCUUCACCCUCCCACCUCCACUGUGUGGCAGCCAUCUUGUGGCACAGCUAUGACCUGCCUGUGGACUACGACCUUCCUUCUUUGCUCAACAGAAACCUUUUUGAAAUGAUAUAUAACUGGUCUAUGUCACUGCCGUGCAACAUUGUGUUGAAGAAGGCUGUGGACAGCCUGCUGUGUUCCAUGUGUCACAUCCACCCCAGCUACUUCUCUCUACUCAUGUCUUGGAUGGGGAUUGUCCCAGAGCUCAAUACCAGCCACACUCAUGCCCAGCACCACCGCCUUGCAAUAACUGAUGAUAGCAAAAAGCAACACGACGCCAACACAAAUGCUACAGGACUUACAGAUGAUUCAAAGCAUGUGAGACCCCCCAUUAAUCUAUCUGAGGCACAGUUAACCACACUGGCAGCUGCUUCACAGUCUCCAGGAGCCAUAGAGCAGCUAUUGGAUUCAGGCCUACCCUCAAUGCUGGUUCGAAGUUUGGUGCAGUUCUGCAUUGGCCAUCUGGCCAGUGCUGACCUUCCUCUGCCUGCUGGUCAGGCUGACAAGCGGUACUAUCAUCACCACUAUCACUCGCCUCAGUGUUGGCCAACCCUGUCUGCAGAGCUAGCUGCUCCUGUGCUACACUUCCUAACAGAAGUAGGCAACAGUAAUGCUAUGAAAGACUGGCUAGGAGGACCAGAGGUCAACUCAUUGUGGACGGCGCUGCUCUUCCUUCUCUGCCAUGCCAGUGCUAAUGCUGGUAACAACAAAGACUGUCAACCUCUUAGCUCUGGAACAUCUGCAGGUACCUCUCCAUUUUGCACUCUACCAUCAGGCUCACGCUUUUCUCUAGCAUCUUCUGAGCAAGAAGAAGGGCUUACCACCCAGCAGAGGACAGCUCUGGAAAAUGCCACUGUAGCAUUUUUUCUUCAAUGCAUCUCCUGUCACCCCAACAACCAGCGACUGAUGGCACAGGUCCUUUGUGAGCUUUUUCAGUCUGCACCCCAGCAAAACAAUGUGCCAGUUUCUGGGAACAUCUCAGGCUUCAUACGGAGGCUUUUUCUGCAGCUCAUGCUGGAGGAUGAGAAGGUCACAGUCUUCCUACAAUCUCCCUGUCCGUUAUACAAAGGCCGCAUUAAUGCCACCAGCCACAUGAUCCAACAUUCCAUGUAUGGAGCAGGCCACAAGUACCGAACCCUCCAUCUUCCUGUCUCCACCACACUGGCUGACGUCCUCGAUCGUGUGUCUGACACACCCAGCAUUACAGCAAAGCUGAUCAAUGAGCAGAAGGAGGACAAGGACAAGAAUAAUCACGAGGAGAAGGAGAAGAUGAAAGCUGACAGCAGCUUUCAGGACAACUACAGCGUUGUUGUGGCCUCAGGUUUAAAAUCCCAGUCCAAGCGUGCUCUUUCAACUCCUCCUCGACCCCCAUCAAGAAGGGGUCGUGUGAUGAAUGAUAAGUUAACUGCGUCAUCUAGUAUGGAUCCCUCUACGAAAACCAUCAGCGUGCCUGUCUUCCACCUCUACCAUAAGCUGCUACCAGGUCAGCCCCUCCCACCUGAGUUGACACUUGCCCAGUUACUGGCGCUGCUGUACGACCGCAAACUGCCACAAGGCUACCAGUCCAUCAACCUGAUCGUGAAACUUGGCUCAAAGAUCAUCUCUGACCCUGGUCUGUCUAAAACUGACUCUUUUAAGAGGCUGCAUACAGAAAAAGUGGAUCACUGUGAAAUGCUGAAUAGUUGUCCUGAGGAUGACCCAAUGGUACCCAGUGAAGAAUGUCUAGAUGCCACCACCGAUGAAAUUCUGCUGGAGACUAAUCCCAUUCAGUCACCCCUGCAGGUCUUUGCAGGCAUGGGUGGAUUGGCCCUUAUUGCAGAGAGGCUCCCUAUGCUCUAUCCCGAUGUCAUUCAGCAGGUCAGUGCCCCAGUGGUGCCCUCGGCCACACAGGAGAAGCCUAAGGAUAGUGAUCAAUUUGAGUGGGUAACCAUUGAACAGUCGGGUGAAUUGGUUUAUGAGGCGCCGGAGUCUAUUGCUGCAGAACCACCCAUCAAUAAGCAGCCGUCCCAAUCAUCAACGUCAUCUUCAUCAUCGUCCUCAGUGCAAGCUAUGUCCCCUAUUCCUGCUCACUCACUAGCAGCUUUUGGGCUGUUCCUGCGCCUGCCAGGCUAUGCAGAAGUGCUGCUGAAAGAGAGGAAGCACGCCCAGUGUCUGCUGCGACUCGUUCUUGGUGUCACAGAUGAUGGAGAGGGCAGUCAUAUCCUGCAGUCUCCAUCAGCCAAUGUGUUACCCACGUUGCCAUUCCACGUCUUGCGUGCGUUAUUUAGCAGCACUCCUCUAACCACUGAUGAUGGCUUGCUUCUACGCCGCAUGGCUCUGGAGAUUGGUGCCAUCCACCUUAUCCUGGCUUGUCUGUCAGCUCUUAGCCACCAUGCUCCACGAAACCCAAAUGCCAGCACUAGUGUUUCAGAGCCACAGAUAUCUACUUGCCAUGGUGGGGGGACCAGUGAGGAGCAGCAGCUCUACUGGGCAAAAGGAACUGGUUUUGGUACAGGAUCUACAGCUUCAGGCUGGGACGUAGAGCAGGCCCUAACCAAACAACGACUAGAAGAGGAGCAUGUCACAUGUCUACUGCAGGUAUUGGCAAGCUACAUUAACCCAGCAGGGUUGAGUAGCUUCCAACAUGCUGAUGGUUGUUCAGCGGCCAGCAGAGCCCACAACACUUCAGCACUACCAACAGUGCUGCAGGAGCUCCUGAGUCAGUCCUGUCUCAUCCCUGCUAUGUCCUCCUACCUACGCAAUGACUCAGUUCUGGAUAUGGCACGCCAUGUGCCUUUGUAUCGGGCACUUUUGGAGCUGCUGAGGGCCAUUUCCACCUGUGCAGCCCUGGUUCCUCUGCUGCUACCUCUGUCUGGAGACCUAGGACAUGAAGACGAGGAGGAGGAAGAACAAUCUGAGGGACAAACCUCUGUUGGGAUGUUACUGGCCAAGAUGAAGACAUGCGUGGAUACAUACACCAAUCGUCUCAGGUCAAAGAAAGACAAGAGUAAAGGUGUGGUGAAAGCUGAUACCUCAGAUCCAGAGCCUGAAGGUUUGACUCUCCUGGUCCCAGACAUCCAGAGGACAGCUGAGAUAGUCUACACUGCUACUACUAGUCUACAACAGGCCAAUCAGGAGAGAAAACUGGUAGAGUCUUCAAGGAAGGUGGCAAGCCGACCAAAGCCCUUGUCCAUUCUACGAUCUCUAGAAGAAAAAUAUGUAGCUGCCAUGAAGAAGCUGCAGUUUGACACCUUUGAAAUGGUCUCGGAGGAUGAGGAUGGAAAGCUUAUGUUCAAGGUCAAUUACCACUACAUGUCUCAGGUGAAGAAUGCCAGCGAUACAAACAGUGCAGCCCGCUCCCGCCGCCUUGCCCAGGAGGCAGUCACUCUGUCCACCUCUCUGCCCCUGUCAUCCUCUUCCAGCGUCUUUGUGUGUUGUGAUGAGGAGAGACUGGACAUCAUGAAGGUUCUCAUCACAGGCCCUGCUGACACACCAUACGCUAAUGGCUGCUUCGAAUUUGAUGUAUAUUUUCCCCAAGACUAUCCUAACUCGCCUCCACUCGUCAAUCUUGAGACCACGGGUGGACACAGUGUGCGCUUUAACCCUAACCUGUACAAUGAUGGCAAAGUUUGUUUAAGUAUCCUCAACACAUGGCAUGGGAGACCAGAAGAGAAAUGGAAUCCACAGACCUCAAGCUUUUUACAGGUGCUAGUGUCAGUGCAGUCUCUUAUCCUGGUUGCUGAGCCUUACUUCAAUGAACCAGGAUAUGAACGCUCCCGUGGAACUCCCAGUGGCACCCAGAGCUCACGAGAAUAUGAUGGUAACAUCCGGCAGGCCACUGUCAAAUGGGCCAUGUUAGAACAGAUGCGUAACCCAUCACCGUGCUUCAAGGAGGUGAUCCACAAACACUUUUAUCUGAAGCGAGCAGAGAUUUUGUCUCAAUGUGAGGAAUGGAUAACUGACAUCCAACAGUACAGCAGCGAUAAGAGGGUUGGCCGCACCAUGUCCCAUCAUGCUGCUGCACUGAAGCGACACACAGCUCAGCUUAGAGAAGAACUUCUGAAGCUUCCUUGCCCUGAUGGUCUAGAACCCAAUGGUGAUGAGUUCUCAGAACAGAGUGCUGUUCUCAUCCUUAAAGAGCUCCCGAGCCAGGACACUGCGAAGCCUGGCAAUAGCCAAGACAGCCAUUGCAGCGAUAGCCAGCUAUGAGACCCCGACCCUUUUUAUCACCUUCUCCGAAGCAUCUCCCACAUGCUUACUCUCUUCUCCUUACAAUUAUUAUUUUUCCAAAAGACUUGAUGACUUAUGGCCCUAGCCCCAACUUUGUCAACAUUUGUUUGGAAAGAGCAAUCAACAGAAUAGCAGUGAAUGGUGACGUUGGGGAACGGAACACCAUCAGAUGAAGUGUGAACUAUACUACACCCUUUCUGAAAACAGUUGACAAAAACCUUUUAUUUACCUAUCUAAGAGUGUAAACAUUUUGUGCUUUUUUCCAAUUGUGAAAUAACCAGUGAUUGGUAUGUUAUUAAAAUUGUUUAUGUAUACAUAAUGGAAGAGAAAAAUGAUAUAUAAGGGAAACUACCUUUAGAGAAGAAUGUUUACUGAAUGUUAAUUUUAUGUUUUUCUUUUUGACUAUUAGAGCGAGAACAGUUGUAAGUAAAGGAUGUUCUGGUCAUUCCUUAAGUAUCCUAUUUUAAAAAGAAAUGCACACCUAACAGAAUGGCGGAUGAAUGCCCCUCUAGUCAUCUGUUGCUUCGUCUGAUUUCUCUUAUAUCAACAUGAAUAAAUGCUGAGAUGGACAUUCUUAAUGCUAUGUUUUCUCUUUUCUAGGCUCUAUUAAAAAGAACUAUGCUCUGGGUGAAUAUUUCUCGCCUCUAAAAACGUCAUGACCAUUUUCCAUAGACAUGAUUGUAGAUCAAUAUGACAGAGCCACGUGGGAAAUGUAUUUUGUAGUUUGGUGUAUGUGUUUUCUUUGAGAUGCAAAGCUGUGAUGUGCCUUUGAUCUACAUCAUAACACCAAAUACUCCAACCCAUACUGAUUUCAUAAUUUCUACAAAAUGAUUAAUUCUGCUCCAUAAUACAUAAGAACUGAAAGAACUGCUUUCAUCAUUUUUAUGUUGAACUCCAGUGAACAAAACAUGCACUUUGUUUUCCUCACUUCUUCGAAAACAGCCACACACUCCUUUGCUAGGACAUUAAAUUGAGCUUGAAGUAUG